AUGCGGGGUUUUCGUACACAGGAGGUCAAGCAGCGGUUCACUUCGGUGAAGGCAUGGGAGCUCCCCAAGCACCCCAGUGCGAUCGCCCCGGAUGGCGUUUGGACGAACUCGGAUAUGGACCCCGUUCCGUUGGAACAUCAAACAUGGAGCAUCUGGACCAUUCUGGCCUACUGGAGUUCAGAUCUGAUGAACCUGUCAACCUUGCAAACUGCGGGAAGUAUCCUGGCAGUCGGAUUAAGCUGGAGAGAGGCUAUUCCCGCCAUGGCGGUUGGGACCUUCGCGAUCGCCAUCGCCAUGGUUCUUAACGGCGCGAUCGGAAGCAGACUUCAUGUUCCUUUCUCAGUCAUAGCAGCAGGGAGCUUUGGGUUCUACUUUCGCUACUUCGCCAUCGUUAGCCGAGCCAUCCUGGCCAUGUUCUGGUUUGGAGUCCAGUGUGCAAACGGAUCUUUCUGCCUCACCAUCAUGCUGAGCGCCAUCGCCCCUUCAUAUGCGGAUAUACCGAACACGUUACCCGAAUCGGCUGGAAUCACAUCCAUGGGAAUGUGCUCGUUCUUCCUCUUCUGGGUGCUUCAACUUCCUCUGUUGCUCAUUCACCCAACCAGACUCAGGCCCUUGUUCUACGUGAAGCUGCUUGCCACACCUGCUGUGGUCCUUGGUACCAUGGGUUGGGCCGUCAAGAAGGCUGGCGGCGGCGGCGACAUUUUCAAGUUGCAGCCCGAAGUUCCGGCAGGAACGGCACAGUAUGCGUGGCUAUGGCUCAAGUGUAUGUCGAGCGUAACAGGACAAUGGGCAACUAUGGGAGUCAAUAUUCCGGACUUCCUGCGCUACUCGAAAACGCCCAAUGGCCAAUUGGUGCAGCUGCCCUUCGUCCCUCUCGUGUUCACUCUCUGCGGCACGUUAGGAAUUAUCACGACCUCAGCGACAAGGGUGUUCGUGGGCGAAUACCUGUGGAACCCAUUGGACAUCGUUAGCCUGUGGCUGGCGAACGGGUCUGGAGGCCGGGCCGCCGCCUUCUUCGCCGCUCUGGCUUGGUUCAUCGCCACUGUAGGCACCAACAUCACGGCAAACUCGAUCAGUGCGGCAAACGACUUGACAGUCAUGUUCCCCCGCUACUUGAACAUCAAGAGGGGCUGCAUGGUUGCGGCUGUUGUCGGAGGAUGGGUGCUGGUGCCAUGGAAGAUCCUCAGUUCUGCGCAGACUUUCCUGAACUUCAUGGGUGCUUAUGCCGUGUUCCUCGCGCCGAUCAGUGGUAUCAUGGCCGCGGACUUUUGGCUUGUCAAGAAGCAACGUUACGACCUUCCUGGUCUCUACGACCCUCAAGGCCGCUACAGGUUCAUCGGGGGCGUCAAUUGGCGAGCGUUUGUUGCUUUCAUCGUCCCCGUGGCGCCUUCACUGCCUGGCAUGGCGCUUGCGAUCAGUGGAUAUCCCGCGGUCAAGAUAUCUGAAGGCGCACAACAUCUGUACAGCUUCGACUGGCUCUUUGGGUUCGUGGUGUCAGUGUUUCUGUACACAUCACUCAGCUGGUUCCUGCCCGCCAAAGAGUCUCUUGUAACACAGACCGUGUGGGUUAGAGACGGCAUGGAUAUCGAGGGCAGUCAUGGCAGCGACAUCGAGACACCCAAGAUUCCCGAGAAGGUGCAGGCAACAGCUCAGGAUGGGCACCAUAGCCCUGAUUCCAAGGUACUCUGA